AUGCAAGACGAAGAAAAAAUUUUAGAAUAAUUAAAAGAACUUGACAAAGCAUAAGACAAAAAUCCAGUCACCUUAGCCUCUCUAAAAAACUUAAAAUCUGCCAUCUAUAACAGAGAUGUCGAUUUAUAAACGGUAGUGAAAUUAAGAACUUUAAAUGAAACUACAUUGAAAUCAGAAAAUAUCAAAAUUUAUUUCUGCUCUCUCUGUGGAAAGAAGGCAAUAGGAGCAAACAUAGGAUUAGACACCCUUCCGACGAGAAGAUCAGAUAAUAGCAUUGCAAUCAAUUUAAAACAAAUUUUUAUAAGGCUAUUUCUAAAACAGGAAGGGAUAAAAUAUAUAAAGCGUUCGAAUUGUGUAGAAAAAUAAUACCGGUGGUGUUGUGAAGAAUGUGGUGUUCAUGUAGCAUAUCAAUGUAUAAGUUAUGAAGAAGGAGCAGAAUUAAUCUAAGGGAAUUCAGAUAUCUAAUUAUCAAAUAAGCCUUAUCUCUAUGUCCUUAAUGAUGCAAUUGUUCUAAAUUAAUAGUUUUCAAAAUUACAUAGUGAAAUAGCUAAACUUAAAGAUUAAAUGGAAUAUGAAUAAUUAAAAUGAACUUUUAAUGCUAGAUUUUGAAAUAUUUUAUAGUUAACAAUAUAUAUCUUAUAUUCUUUUUUUA